AGUUUGUGCGCAUUUGUGUUCAGUUUGAGGAGGAAGAUCUAGAGGAGUUGAAUAUCUCUACUUGCCAUGGCUACCAUGACUGCAUCUCAGCUCAUCUCAAAACACGCGGCCGCGAAGCACUGCGGUGCAACCGAUUCGAAGCCGAGACUGUUCCAGAAGAAAAUAACUGCAGAUUUGAAGAAACAAGCAGGCACUGCUUAUCAUGGACUGAGAUCUCAAAACAAAAUCGACUUGCUUCAGAUGAGGGCAAUCGCGAAACCAAAUACGAAGCAAGCAGCUACGAAGCGCGACGGUGGUGCAAGUACGAGGCCGUGGGCGGUUGUCAUAUGCGGAAAGGGGAUGAACUUGGUCUUUGUUGGAGCUGAGAUGGCUCCUUGGAGCAAGACGGGGGGCCUCGGCGACGUUCUCGGAGGACUUCCCCCGGCAAUGGCGGCGAACGGGCACCGCGUCAUGACGAUAGCGCCGCGCUAUGAUCAGUACGCGGAUGCGUGGGAUACAAAUGCUUUGGCUCAGGUGAAAGUCGGGAACAGCUACGAAACUGUGCGCUUCUUCCACUGCUACAAAAGAGGCGUUGAUCGCGUAUUCAUCGACCACCCUAUGUUCCUUGCAAAGGUUUGGGGCAAAACUGGUAGCAAGAUUUAUGGUCCUACCACUGGAAUAGAUUAUCAGGACAAUCAGCUUCGCUUUAGUCUUUUUUGCCAGGCUGCUUUGGAGGCUCCUAGAGUGCUAUUUCUCAACAACAGUCAAUUUUACGCCGGACCUUAUGGAGAGGAUGUUGUGUUCAUCGCCAAUGAUUGGCACACCGCGGCUCUACCGUGCUACUUGAAGAGCAUGUACAAACCCCAUGGCAUUUACAGAAGUGCCAAGGUUGCUUUCUGCAUUCACAAUAUCGUGUAUCAAGGACGGUUCGCAGCCUCCGACUUCUCCCUCCUUAAUCUCCCAGAUUACUUUAAACCCUCGUUCAACUUCAUCGAUGGGUACAACAAACCUGUGAAGGGUAGGAAAAUAAAUUGGAUGCAGGCCGGCAUACUAGAAUCCGAUAGGGUGUUAACUGUGAGCCCGUACUACGCGCAAGAACUCGUUUCGGGAGAACAGCGGGGCGUCGAGUUGGACGACACCCUGCGCAGGAGCGGAGUCACUGGAAUCGUAAAUGGAAUGGAUGUCAAUGAGUGGAAUCCUUCGACCGACAAAUAUAUUUCCGUUAACUAUGAUGCAUCAACUGUGACGGAUGCGAAGGCGCUCAACAAGGAAGCAUUACAGGCUGAAGUUGGAUUGCCUAAAAAUAGGGAAAUUCCUCUCGUGGCUUUUAUCGGAAGGCUCGAAGAGCAGAAGGGAUCAGAUAUUCUGGUAGCAGCCCUUCCAGAGAUUUUGGAUGAGAAUGUUCAAGUCAUCGUUCUCGGGACUGGGAAGAAGAAGUUUGAGAAGCAGUUAGAGAGUAUAGAAGAAACCUUCCCUCAGAAGGUAAGAGCAGUAAUGAAGUUCAAUGCUCCCUUAGCUCACCAAAUGAUGGCCGGAGCCGAUAUAGUCGUAGUCCCGAGUCGAUUCGAACCGUGCGGUCUCAUCCAGUUACAAGCGAUGCAAUAUGGCACGCCUCCCGCAUGCGCCUCGACCGGUGGACUUGUCGACACAGUUAAAGAAGGCAAAACUGGUUUUCAUAUGGGACUGCUAAGCGCCGACUGUGAAGCUGUCGAUCCUGCCGACGUAAAGAAGGUCGUCGGGACUGUGAAACGGGCUGUUAAGGUCGUGGGGACCGGCGCGUUCAAGGAGAUGAUUCACAACUGCAUGGCUCAAGAUCUCUCAUGGAAGGGACCGGCCAAGCAGUGGGAGAGCUUCCUCCUGAGCUUGAAUGUCGCAGGAAGCGAACCUGGAGUCACCGGAGAGGAAAUCGCACCGCUUGCUGCGGAAAAUAUAGCUGCUCCUUGAAGGCGUUAAGCUUAGAAAUUAACUGGUGAAAGGCCUGUAGAAAUUAAUUAGCUUAAACAUUCAUGUUGCUUGUUUUCUCUGUUGGUUGUGUUAUGUCAAUUUGCUGUAUGGUUUGUGGACAGGAACCUUUGUAUGUACUAUGCAGUGUUGAUCAUGUAUCCUUUUAUGGCUUUGUUGUGUUGUUUUCAAAUCUAUUGUUUCUUUUUUUCUU